GCGGGAGCCAAAAAAAGUUGCUGCAGAGGCACAAUGCUUGGUCGAGGUGUGUGCGUCCAUCUGGCAGCAGUGCUGCUGCUGCUGUCUUUUGGACUCAUUAUAUGCUUUCAAAACGAGACCGUAAAAAGCAAUGUUACCACCUUGACUUUUAAAAAUACGGAAUUAUAUUUAACAACUCCUUGUACUGCCAGUAAAGAUAAUGGCACUGAAAUGGUGCGCGCUAGGACGCCUGCUGUGGAUGAAACGGAGCAGAAAGCCCCUGAUGUGCAGAAGGAAAAGUCAGACACAGGACACAUGACUAUACCCGACUGUCCACCAGUGGGUUUGGAGUCUCUGAGAGUGUCUGAUUACCAGCUACAGGCUUCGUCAUCACUGAGCAGUGGGUUAGGCCCCCACCGGGGACGCCUCAACAUACAGUCAGGUCUAGAGGAUGGAGAUGAGUAUGAUGGAGCAUGGUGUGCUGACAUCAAAGAUAAAGAGCAGUGGUUGCAGUUGGAUGCUCUCAGGCCAACACUCUUCACUGGGGUCAUUCUGCAGGGAAGAAGCUCUAUCUGGAGCUUGCACUGGGUCACACGGUAUAAAGUGCAGUUCAGUAAUGACACUAUGACAUGGCAGCCCUGCAUGAAUGGAUCACAAGAAGCUGUGUUUGUGGGGAGUCAGGACCAAGAGACUCCUGUGCUGGCUUUGUUCCCUGAACCCACAGUGGCCCAGUACAUUCGCAUCAACCCACAGAGCUGGUUCAGCAAUGGCUCUGUCUGCCUCAGAGCUGAAAUCCUGGGUUGCCCCAUGCCAGAUCCUAACAACCAGUACACUUGGGAAUCAGAGAGGGGUUCUACAGACAAGUUAGACUUUAGGCACCAUAAUUAUGCUGAGAUGAGAAAGUUACUGAAAGCAGUGAGUGAUGAGUGUCCUGAUAUUACACGUAUCUACACUAUCGGGAAGAGUUACACUGGACUUAAACUCUAUGUCAUGGAGAUUUCAGACAACCCUGGAAAACAUGAACUGGGAGAGCCAGAGUUCCGCUAUGUUGCUGGAAUGCAUGGAAACGAGGCUUUGGGUCGGGAACUGGUGCUGAACCUCAUGCAAUACCUCUGCCACGAGUACAAACGAGGCAAUCAGCGAAUAGUUCGGCUGGUGAAAGAGACACGUAUUCACCUUUUACCAUCCCUUAACCCUGAUGGAUAUGAGGCAGCAUAUGAGAAGGGGUCUGAGCUUUCUGGUUGGGCGUUAGGUCGCUACAGCUAUGAGGGCUUUGAUAUGAACCAUAACUUCCCUGACCUCAACAACAUCAUGUGGGAUGCUCAAGAGAUGGCAACAGAGAAAAGGAAAGUCAGUAACCAUUACAUCCCCAUGCCAGAGUACUACACUACGACUGAAGCAUCAGUUGCUCCAGAGACCCGAGCAGUAAUAAGUUGGAUGCAGGAAAUUCCGUUUGUUCUGAGCGCUAACCUGCAUGGAGGAGAGUUGGUGGUCACUUACCCAUUUGACUGCACGCGAAACUGGAUCCCACGUGAGGACACGCCUACAGCAGAUAAUGAUUUCUUUCGCUGGCUUGCAGCUGUUUAUGCCUCCAGCAAUCUGGUGAUGGCCAACCCUGAUCGCAGAAUGUGUCAUUUUGAGGACUUCCAGCAGUACAACAACAUUAUUAACGGAGCCGACUGGCACACUGUCCCAGGAAGCAUGAAUGACUUCAGCUACCUGCACACUAACUGCUUUGAGGUGACUGUGGAGUUGUCAUGUGAUAAAUUCCCUCAUGCCAGUGAGCUUCCUACUGAAUGGGAGAAUAACAAGGAGUCUCUUCUGCUCUAUAUGGAGCAGGUGCACAGAGGCAUAAAAGGUGUGAUCAGGGAUAAAGACACUAAACGUGGUAUUGCAAAUGCUAUUGUUAAAAUUGAGGACCUGGACCAUGACAUUAGAUCAGCUGCCAAUGGUGAUUACUGGCGCCUCUUGAACCCUGGUGAGUAUAAGGUGAUUGUAUGGGCAGAAGGCUUCUUCCCUGCUAUACGUCACUGCUCUGUAGGCUCAGAACCACAGGCCACCAUCUGUGACUUCAACCUUACGAAAACACCACAAGAGCGCAUCAAGCAGAUCCUGGCCAACGGUGGAAAGAUCCGACGGGACGAGCAGCUCCGCAUCAGAGCCUUGAGAAUGCGCAAACUCAGAGUCAGCACAAAAAUUCUGAACCGCCGACGUGAGCAGCAGCUGAGACGUGCCAAAGCCAAGAGAAAGUGAAUAACAUGCUAUCAAUCACAAAACACGAAAACGAGCCAAUCUCUGCUUACAGAAUCAU